UGUGUGUUGCCACAGUACUUCACAUUUGUCUAAAGGCUCCCUAUUAUGUUGUGCAUAUCCUCAGGAAAUGAAGAUACGUCAUCCGGGUCCCCUUCAACCAGAUGAUGGACGAACCGAACGUGGAGCGUGACUGCAACCAGCGCCUUCAGGGAGCCCUGGGAGAGGGGGCGGCGAGCAGGUAAAUGGAGUCUCAGGACAGGAGUCGCUCCCCGUCCCGCAGAACCAGCCGAGUGGAACAGGUGGUGGGACGAUGGCUGAGACGGUCCAGAGACUUGGGCAGCAGGUCUCACUCUCUGAGCAGAGAUCGUGCUGCAGUGGAUGGGAAAACAGGAGAGUAUGGAAGCUCCGAUCAGAGAAAUUACCCGUUCCGAUUCAAUGUUCAGAUCCAAAAGGACCCGGACCUCAACUCCCAUGGCCUCACGCUUUCCAGCCAGAUCCCCAUCCUGGUGCAGGAAGUCACCACAGCAAAUGAAAGCGUGAACCUGUGCCAGACCUCUGCGGACCUUUGGUCGGUACAAACUGACAAAGUAAAACCUCCAGCUGGGCUGCUGCUGUACGCUGAUGCUGCAGAGAUGUACACAAAAUUACAUUAA